UACACGUUUCUCUCUCUACUCUGUCAGUGUUAAAAUCUUUUUGUAGCAUCUCAUUUCAUGACAUCACAUUCUUAAAGUUAACCUUUUCAUCCCUUCAAACACUUUUUGUUGUUGUUCUUUUUCUCUCACUAACAUAUUAAAACAUUUUUUCAUUUGUUUUGUUUUUCCAUUGUUGUUUGUAAAUUGUAAUGGCUGGUAUUUCUAGCAGAACUCGUAGCAAAAAUGUUCCAUUGUUUGGUUGUCUUCCUCCGAAAUCGAAGCGGCGAAGAAAGAGUGAUGAAGAACCUUUUGUUAUUUUCAUUGAUGGAGAUGAUGAUGGUGAUGAAGAUAUGUAUUUUGAAUCUGCUUCUGAUUCUAAGAAUAUGAUGCUAAAUGAAGAACCUUUUGUGGUUCCUGAAGGUGCCAAGGUAAUUUCCAUUGAACAUGAUGAUUAUGGUGGUCAAGAUGAAGAAGGGUCAGUGCAGCAAUGUGAUGAAAACUUUGUUGGUGAUGAAGACAACCCUAUUUCAAUACAUUCAGAUGAGUAUGGUGAAAGUGAUGAAGAACACUAUGGUUCUGAUUCUGAUGCUGCUGAUGCUGAUGAAGUUAAAGAUGGAGUGAAGAGUGAUGCUGAUGCUGAUGUUAAAGAUGUAGUAAAAAUGGAUGCUGAUGAUGAUGCUGGUGAUGUUAAAGACGGAGUAAAGAGUGAUGAAGUUGGAGGGAACGGUGAGUUUUAUGAUAAAGAUAAAAGCUUUAUUGAUUUGGGUGAUUCUGAUAAGAGUGAUAGUGAUGAUUCUGAUGAAAGUGAGGAUUCUGGUUCAGAUGAAAGUGAAGAAAAUGAGACCAGUGAUGAGGAUUUUAGGGUUGAUGAGAUGAAUGAGAUUUUUGGCAAUGAUGAUGACAAUUCUUCUAGUUCCUCUUAUUUGAAUGAGAAGGAGGAGGAGGAGGAAGAAGAAGAGAAGAAGAAAACGGGUGAGCCGAAAUACUAUUAUGCGGUGGAGGAGCUGGUGAGAGAGGUAAUGGAUAGACAAAGUGGAAUUUCUGAGAGGAAUGAUGAGGAGGUGAAUGUUGAGAAUAGUCCAUCUUCCACAAAUAUUGAUGAGUUGGAGCAUGAAGAUCAUGCUAGUGUUUCCUCCUGUACCAUUGAGAAGAAGGGUAGUUCUUCUUCUAAGCUGAAUGGAGUAUCAGAGACACUGAAACCAAAGAGUGUAGAAGGGAAAGCGAAAAAUCUCUCUGAUGAAAGUGUGAAUAUAGGAGUGAAUGCCAAAUCAAAAAACAAAUCCAAGGAAAAUGUUGGUGAUUCUGAUCGAGGAAAAUAUCAAUUUGUUAAAGGCUUAGAUGUUGGAGGAAUUUCAUCAGUUCAAAAAAAGCAAGAAGAGAUGAAGAAUGAAUCAAUUGUGUUGGAGUUCAAGUAUGAUGCUGUUGAUCGACGAGAUAGGCAGCCACCACUGGUUCCUGUGGAGACACCCCCAUCGAUAUGGAGCUUUAAAAAGGUGGGAAAAGUGCAAAAGACCAACGAGGAUGAAGAGAAUGAUGUGUUACAGGAUGAAUUGGAGACAACCAUUAGAGAAUCAAAAGUUGUAUCCAAGAAUGAAACAUCAGAGGGAAAAAAAACAAAUUAUGUCAAAGGUAAAGACAAUGCCAAACCUAAGGACAGUGUGAAUGUUGGAGGAAAAAAAAAUUAUGUCAAAGGUUUAGGUGUUGGUGGAGUUUCAUCGGUUCAAACGAAGCAAGAAGAGAUGAAGGAAUCAAAUAAAGAGAAAAUGACGGAGAAUAAAGGAAGGGAUUAUAAAGGUGUAGCUAACAUCCCUAUUGAGAAGAAGAAGAAGAAGGAAUCUAUUGAUAACAGUUGUUUGAAUCAAAGCGUCAAAAGCCCACAUUUUACGCCAAAGGAGUUGCGUUCACUCGAACUCCUUGCUCAAUGCUAUUGGGAAAGAAAGAAUACCAUGAACAAAGAUUCAAUUGUGUUGGAGGUCAAUGAAGAUUGCGUUGAUCGGCAAGAUACACAGCCACCACCAGUUUCUGUGGACACGCCUCAUGAACGGAUAUGGAGCCUCAAAAAGGUGGAAAAAGUUCAGAAGACUAAGGAGGAGGAAGAGAAUGAAGUGUUAUGGGAUGAAUUGGAAACGACCCUUAGAGAAUUAGAAGCUGUAUGCAAGAUUGGAAAUUUAGAGACAGAUGAAGCUAGCGGAAGUCCAUCAUCUUGUUGUGAACACAACAUUUUUCUCGAUGAAGAGAUUGGUGAAUAUUGCAAAUCAUGUGGCGUGGUUAUUACCGAGACCAAAUAUAUCUCACCACUAGUGAUUGAUAGAUUUCCCCAUGAAGGUUAUAGAAAGAGAGCUUCAUUUGAUGAUUCAGUAAAUGCCUCGCUCUUUGAUGGCUCUAAGUUCAAUGUUUCUGAUGGUGAAUCAGAGACUAAUUUCUCUCAUAAUGAAGGCACUGUUUGGGACCUAAUUCCUGAUGAUGUGAAAGAAACCUCGUAUCCUCAUCAAAAAGAAGGCUUUGAGUUCAUUUGGAAAAACUUGACAGGAAACAUCGAUCUUCACAAGUUGAGUAAAACCGAUCCUCGCAGGGAGGGUGGCUGCAUUAUCUCCCAUGCUCCCGGAACCGGAAAGACAAGGUUGACUAUAAUGUUUCUCAUGUCAUAUCUGAAAGUGUUUCCUAAAUGCUUGCCCGUUAUUGUUGCACCUGCGAGUUUGUUACUUACUUGGGAAGAUGAGUUCAAAAAAUGGGACGUUGGAGUUCCAUUUCACAAUUUGAACAAUCUUGAGUUAUCCGGUAAAGAGCAUGGUGAUGCCGUUAAUUUGCAUAAUUGGUCUAAUGCACGGCCUAGUAAGGAUACAACGCGGAUGGUGAAACUGAUUUCGUGGUACAAAGAAAGUAGCAUUCUCGGGAUCAGUUACAGUUUGUACGAGAAGCUAGCUGGAGGAGGGGGGGAAUGUGAUGAUGAAGAUGAGAAAAAGAGAAAACAAGCAAGAGGAGUGCGAUCCAAAAAUAAGAGAGAGAAAAAAUACGCAAGUACAGAGAAGAGAAAUGGUUAUAUGAGAAAGGUUUUACUUGAAGCUCCUGGUUUGUUGGUUUUCGAUGAAGGACAUACACCGAGAAGUGAAAAAAGUCUUCUUUGGAAUAUGUUGUUGGAGAUCCAAACAAACAAACGGAUUAUACUUUCUGGAACACCUUUCCAGAACAAUUUCAUGGAACUGUACAACACUCUGAGCUUAAUGAAGCCUUCAUUUCCUAAUACGAUAUCCCUCAAGCUAAAAAACUUUUGCCAGAAGCCGAAACGUAAAAAAACAUCGAAAAAAUCCAGUUGGGAACUGGUUUCUGGGAAUUCUUCUGAUAAUGAGAUCAAGCAGUUAAAGUUGCUUAUGGAUCCCUUUGUUCAUGUUCACAAAGGUGCGAUCCUUCAAAAGAAGCUUCCCGGGUUAAGAAAUUGUAUUCUGACUUUGAAGCCGGACAGUUUUCAGAAGCAAACUCUUGAGAGCAUUAAAAGUUCUCACAACAUUUUUAUCUCUGAGCCUAAGGUGACAAUGGCAUCUGUCCAUCCAUCUCUUUUGCUCGAAUGCAAACUUUUGGAAGAAGAGGAAUCUGUUCUCGACAAGGACCGGCUAGAAAAGCUUCGAUUGAAUCCAAAUGGAGGUGUGAAAACCAAAUUCUUGGUGGAGUUUGUUAGGCUUUGUGAUGCUGUUAACGAGAAGGUUCUUGUGUUCAGUGAAUUACUCGGUCCUUUACGCUUAAUUAAAGACCAAUUAAGCUCUUCUCUUAAUUGGACCGACAAGGAAAUUCUGUACAUGGAUGGCGUGGUUAGAUUAAAAGAAAAGCAGGAGCUAAUCCAUAGCUUCAACGAUGCAAACUGCCAAGCAAAGAUUCUACUUGCAUCGACAAGAGCUUGUUCCGAGGGAAUUAGCUUAGUCGGAGCAUCAAGGGUUGUGCUGCUCGAUGUUGUAUGGAAUCCUUCGGUCGAAAGGCAGGCUGUCAGCAGAGCCUAUAGGAUUGGACAGAAGAGAGUUGUCUACACAUACCAUCUGCUCACUGAAGGGACCACAGAACACCUAAAAUAUUUCAAACAGUCCGAAAAGGACCGGUUAUCUGAGCUCGUCUUUUCGGAUAAACACAUUGAUAAUGAUGAGUCCAAGAGUUGUGCUGUGGACUUUGAUGAUAAAGUUCUUGAUCUGAUGCUUCAGCACGAAAAACUUAAAGGCAUGUUUGUUAAGUGCUUGGUUCAGCCGAAGGAGCGAGAUUUUGUCGAGAGUUUCGGCUAUUGAUUAUACUUUAGAUGAAUGUCAACUUCUAAAGUUUUAGUCUAUAGGCCAAGGACAAACAACUUUCAAAGGAGACCUCUAUGCCAGCUGGGAAAAAAAAGUCUCCAAGAGCACAUAACAUUAUAUUCAAAUUCUUAUUUGUUAUUUGCAUAUUUUGUAUUUAAAGAAUGCUAUAAUUCACUUCAAUAUUACACUGUCAGUGUAUUGAAAUGGAGAGCAAUGCUACAAUUUUUCUUCUGAGAAGCAUUGAAUGCUUUUCCUUAACAUUACACUUUGAGCAAACACCUCU